UUGGGACAGCCGUUAAUGACUGCAAUUAAUGAUUCCAAUCCAUUGUGGUCAGUGUUCAAGCAAGCUAUAACAUCAGCUGGAGGAAAGCUUUCAAAGCCUGAAGUUUUUGCUUCGACUACUGAUGCCCGAUUCCUUAGAAAAAAUGUAAUUCCAGUUCUUGGUUUCUCUCCAAUGAGAAACACUCCCAUCUUGCUCCAUGACCACAACGAGCAUCUACGAGAAACAGUGUACUUGAAAGGUAUAGAGGUAUACGAGUCUCUGAUAAGUUCCUUGAGUUUGUUUCCAGAACCAUCACAACCUUAGGAUCUAGCAGUUGUUUCUCAAAUAAGUAGGGGGUUGGGUUGCUUUGCUAAUGUAUAAAAAUAUUAAAGGAUAUGAUAUACUAUGUUCUUUGGAAUAAAUAUCUGAGGCUACUGUUGGUAGUUGAAAUAGGUAACAAAUACAGACUACAAUAUCUGUCUCCCUAUGAAAAUAUAGGAAAUUUGAUACACUAUUUUAUAAACUUGUCUCCAGCUACAAAACAUUCUUUUUUGUAUGACUCCUAUUUCAGCUACCUAAUGUAGCCUGUGUUGUCUGCCCCAUAAGGCAAUUAAAAGCUAAUAAUAGAGAAGAAAAAGAAGUAAAUCUUAAUUUGUGAUUGA